CUUGUUCUCCGGCUCCACCUGCCAAGAAAGAAAUUAAAAAGAAGAAGAAGAUUGCUUUAUUUGUUGGUUGGUCAUGGAAGAAGUGGUGAUUGAUGAAGAACAAGGUUUUGCCUUUUCCACUCUUGGAUGGGCAUGGGGAACCAUAUCUUUAUUGGUCGCAUUUACAUGGCAACUCUACACGAUUUGGCUUUUGGUCCAACUCCACGAAUCCGUCCCUGGAAUCCUUUACAGCAGAUUUAUGCAGCUGUCCAAAGCCGCUUUUGCGGGGGGGUUCAUGUUCGAUGUUCGUCAUCAUUGGAGGUGAGAGACCUUGUACUGUUUUACCAGUUGACGUGUUCGCGUGGGUCCACCUGCAACACAAGCCAUUGGCUGGCGCUGAGUCGUUCUUGGUGUUCAUAUGUAUGGCUAUUCUUCUGGCCCAGGGGCCCAACUUGAAUUCCAUUGCUGGGUUUUCCUUCGUCGGGGCAAUCACGGCCUUGUCAAUUGCUGAAGGUCGGCCCAGUGAUGUGUCUCACGGCCCAAGGAAAAAGCCCGAUUCAGAUAUAGAGGGACAUAGCAAUGUCUUGAUUGCAAUUGGGAUCAUAGUUCUUGCAUUCAGAGGCCAUAAUCUUGCGCUUGAGAUCCAGGCAACACUCCCUUCAAGCCCGGAAAAAGCCUCAAAGAAAACAAUGUGCAAAGGUGUCACUGUGUCAUAUGCACUGAGCCUCGUCCCUAUGUCCCUUGGCUAUAGCAGGAUAUUGGGUUUAUGGAAACAAGCAGGUACCCACAGAUUACAUGCGAAAAGGAGGGCUUUUGACAGCAUUUGUGCGGUACCAUGGCCACACGACUUCAAAGUCUGUAAAAGGACUUAUAUACAUGAUGAUCAUCAUAAACAGUCUGUGUUCAUAUCAAAUCUACGGGAUGCUGGUUUUCGACAACUUGGAGUUCAGGUACGUGAACAUCAAGAAGAGGUCGUGUCCAUGGUGGGUGAGGAGAGGAUUAAGAAUAUUCGCUGGAGGGAUAUCAUACAUGAUAGCAGUGACAUUUCCAUUCUUGGGAAGAUUUGCAGCUUUGAUUGGAGGGUUUACAUUGCCUUUAGCAUAUGCUUAUCCAUGUUUCAUGUGGAUUUCAAUCAAGAAACCAAGACCAUAUAGCGUAAUGUGGUGUAUUAAUCUUCUACUUGGUUGCUUAGGCAUGGUUUUGGGUGUUUUGUUGGUAAUUGCAGCCUCUUGGAAUAUACAUGACCAAGGUGUAAAGUCUAACUUCUAUAAUCCUUA